AUAGUAUUUUGUCGGGAGAACUCUGACGUUCUGCGUGCGUUGAUCCAUUUAUUUGCUUAUUAGUCUUUGGCAAAAAUUAAAUUAUAUUGGAAUUUCGUUUAAAUCUAAUUUAGAAGACGUAAUUAUAAGCUCUGAUUAAAAUGGCACCGAAGAAACACAAUGGCUUUAUGAUGUUCGUCAAUGAGUGGAGAAAAACGAAUUCGGAAGGCCGCAAAAUGACCAUGGCCCAAGCAGUAAGCAAAUGCGGCGAUAUAUGGAAGAAUAUGAAUGCGCAACAGCGAGGACCGUACAACGUGUCCGCUAAAGAUGCUGACGUGACAGCGCGUUCAAAAGUGGAGCGCCUUAAUUGCCAUGGCCAACCGUUGUCCGUGGUGAAGCGCGAGGAGAUGGAGGCAGCUGAGCGUGAAAUGCGAAUGAAGCGCACUACAGAGCGAAUGGUAUUGGAUGGCAAGGAACAGCAUGAUCUGGAGAACACCAAGUUUAUUUUUGUUGCCUUCAACUACUUUUCGAAGUCGGUUACAAAUGAUAUUUAUAUUCCGGCAGAGUUUGCUGCUUGUCAGUUUUCACUGAAGUCGGGCAAGUGCUCGCUGUAUAGCUCGCACAUCAAUCCUGGUCAGCUUAUUUUCGGACAGGGCAGCGAGACGAAGCACCACACGAUGAAUACGCAUCAAUUGCCGCUGCCGCCGAAUGCUUUAGGUGAGUCGGACAUAGGCAGACUCUAUGCGAACAUUGUGGAGUAUUUGCGUAGCUGUAACUCGGAUGCCAAUCCCAACAACUCGUUCGUUGUAUUCACGAGUACCGAGCUGAUGGACAUAGUCAAGGGCUGUUUUCGAUAUCUGGAGAGCGACAGCGAAGAACCGUUGGCUACAGUUCACAUUUACGAUAUACAAUAUCUGCUGUAUGUGCUCAAGAAGGAAGUUAUGGACGUUGCAGAUCUUCCCAGCGAAAAGAUCAACAAGAGCAUCACAGAUAACCUAUUUAUCAACGAUUUCUUUGAGUACCACGCUGGAAUCUCGUGUCAGUUUCAUGAGGAUAACGAUCGGGGCAAAUACUGCGCGCAGUCAAAAGUUAGUCGUUGGUGUUAUCUCUUUAGCGACUAUAUGUGCGGCGACCUGGCUAUCAAACCUCUGCCAGGCAAGCACAUGCCCCCCAAGCAGGAGGCGAAGUUCCGGGUAGCUAAUCCAGAAAACACCUCCAUUAUAACUAACAAGGCGGGGUCAAGCGGAAACACCACCUACGACUCAUUUAACUCGCUUCAUUCCGCUGUGAAGCACGAGAUAUUUGAUCACUCGGCCUUCUCUGCCAAUUUGAAUGGAACUCAAGAUUUUCCCAGCCUUGGUGGUCGCAAACCCAGGUCGAAUCGUGGUCCCUUAGCCAAGGGUCUUGCUUCACGUGAUGCAAGAAGCGUUUGGAAUGUUCCUUCGUCCAAUUGUAGUGUUAACGAUUUAGAAGACGCAUUUGAUAUGCCGCGUCGCUAAGCAGAUAUUAGCUCUAAGCAUACUCAAAUACAGCCAUUAAUCUCGUUGAAGUUA